GUCACUGCCUCCUCUGCCACAGUCCCUUGCCCCUCCUUGCCUUCCCUGUGUCGAGGGGCGGCAGCGCGCUGCCCCCCACUCCUCUGAGUUCCCCCCGAUGGAGGCUCCUCUGCAGACCCUUCACAUGGACGUGUGGGGCCCAGCCCGCGUCCGUGGACAGGGCGGAGAGCACUACUUUCUGCUGCUAGAGAGGCGCUUUCAUACGGACCUUCCCGUCCUGCGACUGCACUCUGACAGAGGUGGUGAGUUUUCCUCCGGCCUCUUGAGGGCCUUCUGUCAGGGGGAGGGGAUUAAGCAGACGUUCACGUUUCCGGCCUCUCCGCAGCAAAAUGGGGUUGCUGAGCGCCGCAUUGGCUCAGUCAUGGAGGUCGCUCGUACCUCCUUGAUCCAUGCGGCUGCCCCCCAUUUUCUGUGGCCGUUUGCGGUCCGGUACGCCGCGCAUCAGCUCAACCUCUGGCCCCGUGUCUCCGUUCCGGAGACCUCGCCGACACUGCGUUGGACGGGAGAGGUUGGCGAUGCGUCCGACUUCCUGGUCUGGGGAUCUCGUGCCUUUGUCCGCGAUACGUCCGCGGACAAGCUCUCCUCCCGUGCCGUUCCCUACGUCUUCCUUGGCUUCCCCCCUGACACGCCUGGUUGGCAGUUUUACCACCCCACCUCGCGCCGUGUUCUGUCCUCUCAGGACGUCACGUUUGACGAGUCAGUCCCCUUUUACCGUCUCUUCCCCUACCGCACUACCCCGCUCCCCCCUCCGCCGCUCUUCCUCACGCCAGGUGCUGCUUCGGUAGACCCCCUGCCUCCCCAGGGUCCUGCUCCCUCAGGUGUGUCCCAGGUAGACCCAGUCGAGCCUGUCGAGGUAGCUGUCGACUCUGGUCCUGCGCGAGGUACUGAGCCUGAGCGUGCUGCGCCUAGGGGUGCUGAGACUGGGGGUGCUGAGCCUGAGGGUGCGGGGCCUGGGGGUGUGGGGCCUGGGGGUGCGGAGCCUGGGGGUGCUGAGCCUGGGGGUGCUAAGCCUGGAGGUCCUGAGCCUGGGGGUACUGCGCCUGGGGGCGCUCUCUCGUCCCAGCAGCUGCGUGAGUGGUACUCUCAGCACUGUCGCCGCAGACGUGGUGCUGUGGGAGCUGGGGGUGCUACUGGAGCUGGAGCUGAGGGCGCUGGAGCUACUGGUGCUGGUGUGGCUGCCGACCCUGGGGUUGGCACUGGAGGUGCUGGCGUCACUGGUCCUGGAGGUGCUCGUACUGGAGGUGCUGAAGCUGCUGGGACUGGAGGUGCUGCUGGAGCCGCUGGAGGUGCUGGGGCUAGUGGUACUGCAGGGGCUGGAGCUGGAGGCGCUGCCGCUCGUCCUACUGGAGGUGGUGGAGCUGACGGUGCUGCUGGUGCGGGUGCUCCUGGGGGUCCUGGAGUUGGCGCUGCUAGAGCUCAUGGAGGUGCUGCAGGAGUUGGAGCCGCCGCUGGGGGUGCUGGUGCUGUCUCUGCUGGUUCUGGGGGCGCUGCGCGGCCGCAGCCGUACUUCGUUCCGCUCCUUCAGCAGGUUCUUGGUCUCCCGCCUUCUACUGGUCCUGCCCCCUCCUUAGAGUGUCCACCGCCUGUCCAGUCGCAGUCACCGUUACAGCCUGCGUCCCCGCUGCCUGCUCCUUCUCCUUACACUGGUCCGACCGGAGGUCUUACUGAGCGUCGUGAGCCUGAGUCCCGUCCUGCGUCGCCUGUUCGUGCUGCUCGCACUGGUCGUCGUGUUCCGCGUCAGCGUCCUCCUGCAGUCCCAGGCACGCACCAGAUGGCACUUCAUCCUUCCACUGCUCCACAGCGUGUCCCUCUACCGUCUCCUCCUGCGUCCUCUCUUCCUGCCCUUGCUGACCCGGAGUCUGACUCCCUUCGUGCUACUAGUCCUACUGUCACGCGUCUCCUGGCCACCGCUGUCACUGACCCUUCCUUUGAGUCCGCUGCUGCGUCUGCCUUAGUUGCUGAGCUUGUCGACUUUGCUGCUCGCUGUCGUCUAGACUACGCCGCGAGUCUGGUUGCUGGGUCUGAGUCUGUCUGUCCUCCAUCCGUCGGGGGUGAGUGUGCUCUUGGCACGGACGUCCUUGAGGACAGGCAGGAGGACUUUGAGUGCUUUGCAGCCGCUUUACCUCAUCUCGUGUCCAUGCUGAUUGCACCUGAGGGAGACCCGGAUGCACCAGACAUCCCGACCCCGCGCUCUUACGCAGAGGCGAUAGAGGGUCCCAACUCCUCUCAGUGGCAGUCAGCCAUGGACGCAGAGAUGGCAUCCUAG